GCCCAGGGCCGCGGGCCGCUGAGCCGGGCCGCGCUGCCGUCGCUGGCCUCCUGGCCUCGCCCCCUCCGUCGCCGCCGCUGCCCCGAUACCGGCGCGGUGGGCCGCCUUCGCGGAGGAGACAGCCUUCACUUUCUGUCCUUCCGCGAGCGCGACGCGGGGUGCCCCGCCCCGUCCGACAGGUGCUGCCCUCCGAGUCGCGGAUUCUGACGCGGAGCCUAACCGCUGCCCUCCUGAUCUGGCCCAUGCGUCUGGGUAGCCGGAGUUUAUCCUGGAGGAGCACGGGCUGCGCAGGUACAAAACUCAAAACAUGAACAACGAUAUAUAUUACCAAUGUUCAAAGCUGAUUUGGUUAGAACUGGAAUACAGUUGCCUACAACAUAUUCCAGAGGAAUUAGAAAAGUCAAAGUAAUGGAUAACAGAAAAGAUCCUCCAUUCUUCAAUGAAGAUAACAUGGGACCAUUUUACUACAGACUUCCUUUCUAUGAUACCAUGGAGCUCUUCAUUGAAACACUGACUGGAACAUGUUUUGAGCUGAGAGUUUCACGCUUUGAAGCUGUUAUUUCUGUGAAAGCAAAAAUUCGAAGAUUGGAAGGUAUUCCCAUCUGUCAGCAGCACUUAAUUUGGAAUAACAUGGAACUUGAAGAUGAUUAUUGCUUGAAUGAUUACAACAUUUCAGAAGGUUGUACCUUGAAGCUGGUUUUGGCUAUGCGUGGUGGACCUAUAAAUACUAGAAGAGUUCCUAUGGAAGAUCCACUUAGGGAGAUGGCUGAGUACAUGGAUUCCAGUCGAGAUGAGGUCUGGGAGAAGACCUCCUGCAACAAACAAGUUACAUUUCUGGUAUACCGAGAAGGAGAUCAGUUGAAUUUCUUUCGUGUAGUAGACAGGGGAGAUGGCACUUUAACACCAUUAUCUGAAUCUUUAAGUGGUGGUUCUGUGUAUAAUUUGCAUACUGAUGAAGAUGAGGAAAUUGAGCCUUCUCCUUCUGGGCAACAGAUAAUUGAAAAUUCAAUAACUAUGAAUAAGAUGAAACUGCUGAAGGCUAAGAUGGAGAACAUGAAUCUCAGCAAAAAGCCUAAGAAACCUGUCAAUGUAAAACCUCGUCCACCUGUGGUUCCUCGACCUUCCAGUAGUUCCACGGCAGCUGCUCGCCACAGAUUGUUAAGGGUUCUCCCCCACAUUGGGCAGUCUUGUUUACCUUCUUCUGGGAACACAUAUCUGCCUGACUCAGCCAGCAAUGCCAUUUCAAGUUUGCCAGCUCUGCCCCCUGCUGAUAUAUCCAUAUCAUCUAUCGCUAGUGAUUUUAUUAAGGAAGACAAUAACUGGGAGAGUAACACACAGUCUCAUUCCAAUAGUGGCUUCAAACUACCACCUCAGAUACCCCCUAUGGAGUUUGAAAAUGACAAAGAGCUUGCUGAUUCUGUUCUCCAUCUUGGAUCAUCCCUACCUAGGCAGACAAAAAACUUUUCAGGAAAUUUGCCAUCUAAUAAUGAGGAUGACACUGUUUUAUUUCCAACUUCAGAAGAGUGUGUAACUGAAGAAUCGCUUCUCCCUGAAGUGGGUUCGUUUGCUUCCUUUACCGAAGGAAAUGCUGAUGAAAAGAGCAGUGGCUUAGAAGGCACACAGAAGGUAAAUCCAGAAUUCUCACUCACUAAUGGUGAUAAAGGGUUGAAAGCUACAGAGCAGCAUCUUAAACAUGUUGCAAGAGUGUUGAGUGGUGAAUCAGUAGAAACUGCAGUUCUCGACCACCGUGAAUUAAGUCCUCACAAGAAUAGACUCUUAUCACCUCUUCACUGUUCUGCACCAAUGUCACUACAUAACUCUCUGGUGAAACCACAGAGACAGUCCAAAUGUUUUGAGUCUGGGAACCUCCAGUCUUCUGCUUCACAAAAUGUGCUUCGGUCGCUGGACAUUCGGAAUAUAACUGAUUCUUCUUUCUCUAGGACUACUUGCUUUCGAGCUGUUAAAGUCGAUUCACCUGGGAAAAGAUCUGAUAUUAUUUCUAAAGUUGAGGCUCGGGAUAUCACAGAAAUGGCUAACAAGGCAUCCAAAGAGCCUGUUGGUUGUGUAAAUAAUAUAGGUUUUCUUGCUUCGCUGGCCCAGAGCGCAAGCAGAGACAGCUUGCAGAGCACACAUGGGGCAGGCAGGCUUCGAACCUCUGGAAUUGGGCUGUUUACAAACCUCCAGCAUUUUCAGGAAGAAAGCCUUAGGAAAAGUUCUCCCCAGUUAGAACCUACAGAAUUUUUUUUAUCUGCCCGUGGUAUUGGAAUGAAUGGAAAUAAUACAGCAGCAGGGAAAAGAGUAGGAGAAUGUACUCAUCACCUCCCACCCUUGAAAGCCCCUAUUCAAACAAAGAAGAAAACAACAAAGCAUUGUUUUCUUUGUGGAAAGAAAACUGGACUGGCUACUAGCUACGAAUGCAGAUGUGGAAACAACUUCUGUGCAUCUCAUCGCUAUGCAGAAACUCACAGCUGCACCUAUGAUUACAAGAGUGCAGGGAGGAGAUACUUACAGGAGGCAAAUCCUGUGGUUAAUGCACCAAAACUUCCAAAAAUCUAACUCUUGCUCUGCACCUAAAUGUUCUGCCCGAGGAAUCGUAUUACAAUGACAGAAGAAAUGUUGUUUAGACUGCAUUAUUUUUGUUCGACUCCAAAAGAUUUGCCAAAGCAUAUAAUGCAUACUGUUGGAGAAUGAGAAUGCUACUGUAUUUGACAUCUUCAUUCUUUGGUGAAUCAAAAGUUUUAAAAACUUUAAACUAUAAUGGUUUAGCUUUGUUAUUGCAUGUCAUGUGUUAAGUAUUUUAUAUUUGAUACUGCAAUUUUACUAGACAAGUCUUCAAAAGAUGCACUUUAGGAAGUUAACAUUGACUAUGUAACCAGCUUCCAUGUUGUACAGAAAUAAGCCUUCAUGUAAUGGCUCUACUCAAAUCUACAAUUUUUUUUGUGGGGGUGGGGUGGGUGGGGAUUUAAAACAAAUAUCCCAUACGUGAAAGUUUAUUGAGUUUACUGGCAAGUUCCUUUUUAUUUCAAGCUUUUUGUAAAAAAAGAACAUUUGGUUUUCCAGUGUGGUUUUAACACAUAUAUUUCUUCCAUAUUCAGACUGACAUUCAGAUAUGUAUCCAUUCUAUAAAACACAUCAUGUUAAUCAUAGUAUAUAUUUCUUAAAAUACUACUUUUUGAAUGGUAGUUUUAAAAUAGAUGAUGUCCCACUUGUUGCCAUUAAAUACAGAACCCAACUUUUCACUUUUUGAAAAAUGGCUAUACAGAAAACAAAAUCUCACAGCUUGGUUUGUUUUUCUUAUGUUGAGUGCUAUUACCAGGAGAAAUUCAAAUAAAUAUUCAAUUUCAUUAUGAUUUUGAUUAUUCACAAUAAUUUUUCUUUUAUAAAUACUUUAAAAUAAAACAGUUUAAUUAAAUAAAUCAGUAAUUUAUUCUACUUGGAAAAAAUGACUGUCAGUAUAAAAGAACGCUUUUAAGGUGUAAGGGCCCUGCUCCCCAGAUGUAGCUAAUAUACCAGCUUUUGGGAGGCCACUUGCUUUAUGGAAGCUUAGUUGAAUCUGAUGCUGAACCCCGGUAAAUAGCUGGCAGGCAACCCAAGUAGACUCUGCAACUCUAGUCCAACCCAAGUGGGAUCUGCACUGGUACCAGAAGGCUAAUUUAGAUGCUCCACAGGGCCACAGGGCCUCUUUCUCCAUGCAAGGCUGAAUGAAAUGAAGAGUUCCGUUACCCUUCCUCUGCUUCCUAGAAGAGAUUAAAUGUUGAGUGGAGAAAAAUUACUUCAGAGCAAGAAGGAAAUACAUUUACAAAAGGGAAAGGUGAGAAAUUAGUGGAGUAGUGAUGCAAUUAGGGGUUGAUAGCAUACUUUUUAAGGGGGGCUAUAUAGGCUAAUGAAAAAUAUUUCCAUCUGUGUUGAGCAGUUCAGCUUUUACUCUAUUACACGGAUAGGCUGCUGAAAAGUGGGCCAAGACAUAUUUAUUCUAUAGAUAAAUGUGGAUGCUUAGGACAUGUUUGGUAUAUGCUUAGUGCACUAUGCUUUAUAAACCAAGACCAUGUAGAAAGAAGUCUUGUUUUAAGUUUACCAAAGAUUUUGGUCAAAGUUGAGUCUUUUUUUUCUAAUUUCUAAGUCACUGAGAAAUA